AUGCAUCAGAGUCAUAUUUUUGAUUUGCUGUGUACAGAGUAUUACGAAAAAUAUUUUCGUUUUCUAAGCAAAGAAUAUCAUCCUGAUGCUACUGGUAAUGCAGCAGAUAGUAUCAGCACGGAACGAUUUCUAGCAAUCAAAGAAGCAUAUGAUGUGCUUAAAGAUGCGGAAAGCAGGCGUGAUUACGAUGCUCAUCGGGCACAAACUAGCAGCGAAUAUGCCCGCAACGCAUAUAACUCUCAGACGUACCGUACUGGCUACGGCACAUGGCGAAGUGUUUGA